UUUUUUUCUGCCUCUCCUAAUGAGGUAUAAACUAGAGCCGCAACACAUCGUCUUCUGCACUGUAACUUUUGCUCAAGCUGCAGCUCUGCUGAGACGAUUUUGUUUAAAUCAUGUGAGGCUUCAUUAUUUUUAUGAUGAGACAUGAAAUACAUGCAAUUGGAAGAUGCUGAUGGAGGAAGGGAGAGAAGCUCCUUCGCUGAACAUCUCAAGUGUUAGAGUAGAUAAUAGUCAAAGUUAACAAUGAACUGCAGCAUUUCCACACGCUUAUUCUUUGUGUCAGAGCACGGGGAGGGGGGGGGGAGUUCUUUUCUUAACGGAGAAUUUUAGGGUUCAGGUCAAGAGGACCGAGGACGGAGUGAUGUGUAGAUUCUUUUUUUAUUGUUGCUUUAUUGGGGUACAAUUCAGUGACUGCUUCCUUUAUUUGACUAAUCCCCCGAUAGUUUAAUUUGGAGAGUCUUCGUUCUUUAUAAACACUCAUUUCCUCUUUCUAAACAGAAACGCUAAACACACCAUUGCUUUAACUAUUCCAAUGCUUUCUGGUGGCAAAGUGUCUAGAGUGCCGGGGUUUGGGGGUAUAGUGGGAAGGGGAAAGAGCGAGAUUCAGUGAAUUGAGGUGCACACGGAUUAAUAGCCCGAUAUUAGACUGAUGCAGCUACCCAGCUUGCUAUUAUGAAAUACAAGUCAGAUUUAUGAUCUUUUUCAUAUUGUACAUGAUAUGGUAUGCUAACGCUGCAUGUGACAGUUUAAUCAAAUCCAUUUGUUAAAACGAAGCUAAAAGAGACCGCUGGGAUUAUAGGAUUACGGACAGAGUUAGAGAAACAUGUGGCUUUGUCAUUCGCCAUCAUUUUGAACGCUGCCACAUUGCAAGUGGUGCAAGUGGUUCAGUUUGUGCGUGUUGUCUUGUCUGUCAACCCUUCUCCCUUCCCCCCACCCCCUGCCGACACUCCGACCCUUUCCCAAAGUGGGUGCACAAUAGUCUGUGCUCGGCUGUGUAUGUGAACACCAGCUUCUCACUUCAGCCCAAGCCAAAGGGACGCCACCACUUUCCCCUGGAUUACCAAAUCCAAUGAGAAGCUGCUACUCAGGCGUUCUUAAAUCAACUCAUGCAGAAAAAGGAGAAAAGUUUUGGUAUACAAAUGCUCUCAGUCCAGCCAGACACCAAGCCGAAAGGUUGUGCUGGCUGCAACCGUAAAAUCAAGGACCGAUAUCUACUGAAGGCCCUGGACAAAUAUUGGCAUGAAGACUGUCUGAAGUGUGCUUGCUGUGAUUGUCGGUUGGGAGAGGUGGGCUCCACCCUGUACACUAAAGCAAACCUUAUCCUUUGUCGCAGAGACUAUCUGAGGUUAUUUGGUGUAACAGGAAACUGUGCUGCUUGCAGUAAGCUUAUCCCUGCUUUUGAGAUGGUGAUGAGAGCGAAGGACAAUGUUUACCACUUGGACUGCUUUGCAUGUCAGCUUUGUAAUCAAAGGUUUUGUGUCGGAGACAAAUUUUUCUUAAAGAAUAACAUGAUCCUUUGCCAGACGGACUAUGAGGAGGGUUUGAUGAAAGAAGGUUAUGCACCCCAGGUUCGCUGAUCUAUCAACGUCACUCCACUAAGAAUACAAAAGCACUACAUUCUUUUAUCUUUUUUUGCUCAAAAUGUAUAUAAGAAUUGACACAGGAACCUAUUGGAUAGCGUAGAUAUAGAGAAACAGGAUGAUCGUGUGGAAUAAAAGGCGGACUGCAGCUGUAUGUAGUAAAAUUGCUCUCCGUCAGAGUUGAAUGUUUAUUAUUAAAAACAAAAGGUAAUGUACAUAUUGUCAGAUUCUCUUGCUUGCUCUUUGUUUUGUGUCAUUUGGCAUGAGAUGUUUAUUUUGGACUAUUGUAUAUAAUGUAUUGUAAUAUUUGAAGCACAAAUGUAAUACAGUUUUAUUGUGUUACCAUUUGUGUUUUGUUUGCUUCUUUGUAUUGUUGCAUUUAGUACAAUCAGUGUUUAAACUUAUUGUAUAUUUAUGCUUUCUGUAUCUAUCAGCUAUUUUAAAUGAGCUGUAACUUUCUAUUAAAAAAAUUAAAGGGUAAAUCCCACUAAUUGCUACAUACAUAGAUAAAGCAAGUCUAUCUAUGUUAAAUAUUUAAGAAAACAAAAGUAUUCUAGCAGCAUCCACUACUACUGCCACUAUGAUGAAGGGUCUGUCAGUGUUUUCAUUAUAAGACCCCUAUUUUCAGGGGCUUGAAGAUCAGCUUUUUAAAAAAAACGCAUAAAAGUUUCAUCUAAGAGUAAUUUUAUUUUUUGUCAACUUGGGAAAAAGUGGCAUUUUUAGAAUAUAUCUUUAAAUCAUGAAAAUACUUAUUAAUGAUUUCAGAUUCUUGUACUCAAUCUUCUUAAUAUGUUUCAUGAUUUUUUUUUGUCAGCCUUUAGUCCCCUUUACAAACUAGUGCCUUUGGUUGUCAUGGAUUUUUUUUCCAAAGGGUUAAUUUAGAAAAGUGUUACUGCCCUGGUGUAGUGACUUAGAAAAGUAUCAAAGUUCUUAUAAAAACUUUUAAACAUCAUGUUAUCCUUGAUUUUUUCCACAUAAUCUAAGGUCUUUGAAAAAUAUUUGGAGUUGCACAGAAAUUUGCUGAAGUCUUAUUUCUAUACAGUGAAGCCAUGACAUCCUCUCAGCAGUGCUACUUGUGUCUCAAAACUGGAUAAUACUAGCUAUUAAGACCAAUUGGAAGAAGAGAAACAAGGAUUGGAUAAACCACUCUGAAACUGAUUAUAUUUUAUUCUGCAUUCUACCAUCCUUUUAACAUUCCAAACUGAGCACUUUUAAACUUGUUCCUCAUACUCCCAACUGCUUUUAUUUAAAUUUAAAGAAACUAUUUGCUCAGAUUUCAUCACAGAGACAUCGAAAAUCUGUCAUUACUUAUUCUUUUUGUUAGGAGUAAAUAUUAUUUCUAGGCUUACCUCAUAGUUUGCAAGUGAGCAGGUUUAUAGAAGACAGAACAAUUAUGGAAGAUGUGAAGACCUGAACUCCUCUUGGGUGGGAUUCAUUCCAUUCAGUCACUAAGCUGUUCUCACACAGGCACAAUGAAGCAUAUAAUUUGCGAAAGCAAAUGUGGUGCUAUUAACAUUUUGUUUUUGUUUUGCUGUGCCUAUAGAGGGAAUUUAGGUUUUCCACUGGUUUUGCAAAGAAGUUUUGUCUUAUAAAUAUACAAAGAAUGGAAGUUAAGGGUAAUGAAUGCAUCUUAUGACUGUUUUGUUUUGCUUUGUUUUAGACAAAAGUAUAUUUUCAGACUUCUAGUCUGGAUGUGAGGUAUUUGAGAACUUGAAUUUAAAGCAAAGCUUCAUGAUCAGUAUGCAUUUAAGUCUGGAGGAAAUAGACACAUGUACACAUUUUCUCAAUACUUGCCAAAGGUUAUUUUCAAGAGAACUUCAUGCUUUGGAAAAUAAACAUAAGCAUUUUAAUGAUAUUUCAUAGUAAGCAGCUUUACAUUGAAUAUCACAAAAGUGUAAUUAAUUAGUACAGAGACUAAAAUUCCAGAUGAAAGUUACUUAUUUGAUGAAGAAUCUUUUAUGAAAAGAAAGGAAAAAGUAAGAAGUGGCUUUCCUAUUGCCCUCUCAUUCUUGAUAGUUACCUGAGGUCAAAUAAUAUCUAAUUUGCAAAUGUCUUUUAAAAUGUAAACUAUUUUACAUUUUGUAAUUAUGUUUCAGAACAUGUAAGGUAAAUUGUGAGCAAAAUUCAUUUUGUGGUGGAAGGCCAUCCUGUCUUGGAUGGAAGGUUGGACUAGGUGGCCUCUCAGGUCCUUUCUGAUUCUGUCAUCUAAUUGAAGGUCCUCACUAGCAAAAGGCCAAACUAAUUUCUUUUUACUUCUUUUCUAGUACUUAAAAAAAUUCUUUUACUUAUAAGGAAAAUAAAUGAACUGGAUUAUUUAUUAUAUCUUCAAUAUGAAUAAAUUUAAAAAUUUAGAGGCUUGAUUUACACGUUGAAAUCUUAAAAUCAACAUCUGCACUGCUCUUUUAAUAGUGAUUUUUUUUUAAACCCUGUCUGCAGUACACUAUUCAGAUUCACUGGAUUGUGGCAAGUUUUCCUCUUUACUUUUUAUAUUUCACAUUAUGCUUCAUUUUCCAAAUCUUGCAGUAUUAGACUCAAGCUUAGAUUUUUUUUAAAAGAGGGGACAGUUCCAUUCACCACAUAUUUCUUAUAUAAUCUUUGCGUUGAAGGAUCAGGGAAGCUCUACUUCACAAAAACACUGAUCAAGUUUUAAGCUGAAAUGUUUGUAAUUUUACUUUCAUCUUGCUUAAUAAAUAUCUUCUGAUCUCUUUCAUCCAUUUUUAUACUUGGAUUUAUGCUUUUAAUAAAAAGGUUAUAACUCUG